UCGUCGUCCGUUAUCCCGUCGUCGUCGACGUCGACGUCGUCGUCGUCGUCAUCGAGUGAUCCGUGUAAGAUCGGGGUUGACGGUGACGAUGAUGAGAUCCGAACGCGGCUCGGCCGCCAUCCCUCCGUUCGCCUCCCGACGGAAAACAGAGUUGCAUCUCGCGAGAAGGCAGGGAGCAAGUCGCCUUGGCAGUACAGCCGUCACGUACGGGUCACACAGUGCAGUUGACGCGGUCGUCGGCGCGGCUCGCGCGGGCAGAUCGUCGCUGCCGUACUAGAGUGGGCUAGAGCGGACUAGAGGCGUGAAUGCGUUGCCGUCGUCGCCGCCGCCGUAGUGGUCGUGGUCGUGGUCGCCGUCGCCGUCGCCGCUGUCGUACUGAGGAAAGCGAUGAUGAUGAUGAUGAUACAGCGAUGCCCAGCGAUCAGUAGGGCGCGUCGCUCGACGCGGGCGAGGACGCUGCCCACGUGAUGCGUCCGCACGAGGAUGCCGGUCGAGGCGAGAAAUAGCGGAAAGGAAACCGGGCAAAAGCAGGGAGGAAGCAGGGUCGGCGCACGCACGGGCCGGCACGCUGGGCCGCACGCGGGUGACCUGAAGCCCUUCGCCUUCUCCCUUUCGUACCUUAGAAAAUGAACUCCAUGUUAUAUACUCUGUACGGGUUCGCGGUAUUCUUCAUGAUAUUCUGGUUGGGUAUGUGGGUGGUACAUGUGCUGGCGUUGAUCGCCGGACGCUGGAAACUACAUCGAAAGACGAACCAGGCGCCGAGCUACGAGACGCCGCUACCCGGGGUGUCCGUGAUAAAACCCCUGAUGGGGGUCGAUCCGAAUCUCUUCGGCAACCUCGAGACCUUCUUCGUCAUGGAGUACCCGCGAUACGAGCUCCUCUUCUGCGUCGAGGACGACUCCGAUCCCGUGCUGAUGCUCGUGCGCAAGCUCGUCGACAAAUACCCGGAAGUCGAGGCCACGCUCUUCGUUGGCGGCUGCAAGGUGGGGGUCAAUCCGAAGAUCAACAACAUGCAACCGGCGUAUGAGGCCGCCAAGUAUGAGCUCGUGCUCAUCAGCGACAGUGGCAUACGCAUGAAGGAGGACACGCUCUUGGACAUGGUCCAACAUAUGACAGACAGAGUGGCUCUGGUUCAUCAGAUGCCGUUCACCAGCGACCGCGACGGCUUCGCCGCCGUCUACGAGAAGAUCUUCUUCGGCACGGUGCAGUCGCGGGUGUACCUAGCCGCGGAUAUGCUCAGGAUAAACUGUCAUACCGGCAUGUCGGCCCUCCUGAGGAAGUCCACGCUAGACGAAGUUGGUGGUCUCAAGGCGUUCAGCAUCUACCUCGCAGAGGACUUUUUCUAUGCGAAAUCGCUGACCGAUCGCGGCUGGCGCAUCACCGUCUCCUCGCAGCCGGCGCUGCAGAACAGUGGCCACUGCGCGGUCGAUUCCUUCCAGGCGCGGUUGCGACGAUGGGCCAAGCUAAGGGUGGCGAUGCUGCCCACCACUAUCGUUCUCGAGCCUUUGAGCGAGUGCCUCGUUCUGGGUGGGUUCGCCUCCUGGGCGGCCAGCGUACUCUUCGAGUGGGACUCUCUAGUUUUCUAUCUGGUGCACAUACUCUUGUGGUUCAUGUUCGACUGGACGCUACUGUGCCUAGUGCAGAACGGUCCGCUGCCUUUCAACAAACUCGAGUUUGUGUGCGGCUGGUUACUCAGCGAGAUCACCAGACCGUACCUUUUUCUUCAGGCUGUCUUGGAUCCUCUUAUACAAUGGCGCUCGCGUGUUUAUAAGCUCAAGUGGGGCGGCGUCGCGGAGGAAGUUAAGGCGAAAGUCAAAUAUUAAGAAAUGCCUGCGUGAUUGCGUGAAUGCGUGCGUGCGUAUGUACGUGUCAAAUUAGACAGAGAGAAAUUGAAGCGCAUAGCGUUCAUUCUUUUCAUUUUCCAAUUGAUAAGUGCGCGUACGAGAUGUUCUAAUCAUCGUAUCUUUCUCUUCGUAGAUAUCUCUCUCUCUCUCUCUCUCUUUCUCACUAUUAAUCUUUUGAUAAAAAUUGAUAGGCUUUUAAAUUACAACUGAACCAAAAGUAGAUUUUAGCAGAUUACGUAUAUAUAUAUAUAUAUAUAUAU